GGCCCAGUGGUUUCUCUGGUUCGUGGACGAAGGCUCUCACAAUGUCGGAGACCGCGCCUGUUGCUGCUCCCGCUGUCUCCGCGCCCGGCGCCAAGGCCGCCGCCAAGAAGCCGAAGAAGGCGGCGAGCGGCUCCAAAGCCCGCAAGCCCGCGGGGCCCAGCGUCACCGAGCUGAUCACCAAGGCCGUGUCCGCCUCCAAGGAGCGCAAGGGGCUCUCCCUCGCCGCGCUCAAGAAGGCGCUGGCCGCCGGCGGCUACGAUGUGGAGAAGAACAACAGCCGCAUCAAGCUGGGGCUCAAGAGCCUCGUCAGCAAGGGCACCCUGGUGCAGACCAAGGGCACCGGCGCCUCCGGCUCUUUCAAGCUGAACAAGAAGCCGAGUGAGACAAAAGAGAAGGCAACGAAGAAGAAGUUGGCUGCUAAGCCCAAGAAGCCGGCGGCUAAGAAGCCCGCCAGUGCUGCGAAAAAGCCGAAGAAGGCGGCGGCGGUGAAGAAGAGUCCCAAGAAAGCUAAGAAGCCGGCGGCCGCAGCGGCCAAGAAAGCGGCCAAGAGUCCCAAGAAAGCUGCAAAGGCAGGCCGCCCCAAGAAGGCAGCGAAGAGCCCGGCUAAGGCGAAAGCGGUGAAGCCCAAAGCAGCCAAGCCUAAGGCAGCCAAACCUAAAGCGGCCAAGGCAAAGAAGGCGGCGCCUAAAAAGAAGUAAGAUGAUUGAGAGGAAUUUAAAGAGUCUACUCAUUUAAAUAAACCCAAAGGCUCUUUUAAGAGCCACCUACUUACUCUCUAAGAGAGCUGAAACACUACGGUUAUACAUCAGCAAACCAAAAUUACUUAGAUUUCGGUAGGAGUUCA